CUCCAAGAUGGCGGCGGCGAACCCGGAAGUGAGGAGCCGCCUCUAGGAGGGAGUCAGAACCCCGACGCCCCUGGGGACCAGGCCAUGCUGCAGAGUGAAGAGCACAGAUAAAGAACCUUCCACCACUCCUUAGAAUAGUCCACCAGCCCUGACAACUUCAUGCUGCAGGAGACAGCCUGAUGCCCUCAGCACAUCCUGCCAUGGACGGAGGGAAGAACUUUCCACAGCAUGAACACCAGCAGUCAGGCAGUACAUUGUACAGUAUGCCGAACCUCCAGACGCAGCUCAGCGUACCUGCCAUGGAGAACUCGAUGCUGGCUCCUGAUUGGUGGAAUUCCUUCUAUUCAUCUGCCCCUUUCUCAACUCCAUCUUUCCCAAGUGAAAACCAGCAAUAUUUUAAUACCACUUCCGAUUUUUACAUGAAUUCCAUCAGCAGACCACCUUUCACAGAGACGAACUAUGCAUCUGUGGGCCUUGCUGACUUCUUACCAAAAAAUGGUGAUUUUCCUCAGGAUUCUUCAUACCUCGAUGAGCUCUCCAACAACUCCCUCUUCUCAUCCCCCGCGGACUCCCUCUCCGACAUUGCUGAUGCUCAGGACUUCCUGCCCGCCGACAGCCUGAACCAUGUGCCAACAAUAUGGGAUAUAAACACGUCGCAACCAAACCAAAUAGAGCUGUUCUCUCCCAGCAGACCGUUCACAGGCUUAGAAAGUUUGGAAGACCAUCCCCCAAACACCCCACUCCUCAUAAGCUAUCAGUCGCAGACUCCGGUGGAGGAGGAUGACGAAGGUGAGGAGGAAGAAACGGAGGAGUUGGGGCACACGGAGACCUAUGCAGAUUAUGUACCGUCAAAAUCUAAGAUUGGGAAGCAGCACCCGGACCGCGUGGUUGAAACAAGCACUCUCUCCAGCGUUCCCCCGCCUGACAUUACCUAUACCCUGUCCCUUCCGAGCUCAAUUGCCGACAACGGGUUACUCUCUGCACUACAGCUGGAGGCCAUCGUUUAUGCCUGCCAGCAACAUGAAGUUUUACUACCCAACGGGCAGCGAGCUGGGUUCCUCAUUGGGGAUGGUGCUGGGGUUGGAAAGGGCAGGACAGUUGCCGGGAUCAUCUUUGAAAAUUAUCUGAAGGGCAGGAAGAAAUCUCUGUGGUUCAGCGUCUCCAAUGAUCUCAAGUAUGAUGCUGAAAGAGACCUGAAGGACAUUGAUGCCCCCAACAUUCCUGUGCAUGCUUUAAACAAGAUUAAAUAUGGUGACACAGCUACCUCAGAAGGAGUCCUAUUUGCCACUUAUUCUGCUCUGAUUGGUGAAAGCCAGGCAGGCGGACAGCACAGGACGCGAUUAAAGCAGAUUUUGGACUGGUGCAGGGAGAACUUCGACGGAGUUAUUGUGUUUGAUGAAUGCCACAAAGCCAAAAAUGCCAGCUCCACUAAAAUGGGCAAAGCAGUGUUGGACCUUCAGAACAAACUGCCUCGAGCUAGGGUCGUCUAUGCCAGUGCCACAGGUGCCUCUGAGCCAAAAAACAUGAUUUACAUGAGCCGGCUAGGGAUCUGGGGGGAGGGAACCCCCUUCAGAGCGUUUGAUGAAUUCCUCCAUGCAAUUGAAAAGAGGGGUGUUGGUGCAAUGGAAAUUGUGGCUAUGGACAUGAAAGUGAGCGGAAUGUACAUUGCCAGGCAGCUCAGUUUCUCUGGAGUCACUUUCAAGAUAGAGGAAAUCCCACUGGAUCGGCAGUACGAGCUUGUCUACAACAAAGCAGCGCAGCUGUGGGCAGAGGCGAUGGUGGUGUUCCAGCAAGCGGCUGACUUUAUUGGCUUGGAGUCUCGAAAGUCCUUGUGGGGUCAGUUCUGGUCAGCUCAUCAGCGCUUCUUCAAAUAUCUUUGCAUUGCUGCUAAAGUCCGACGCCUCGUUGAGCUUGCCAAGGAGGAUCUGGCAAAGGACAAGUGUAUUGUCAUCGGGCUCCAGUCCACUGGCGAAGCUCGCACCAGGGAGGUCUUGGACGAGAAUGACGGGCACCUAAACUGUUUUGUCUCCGCUGCAGAAGGCGUCUUUCUAUCACUAAUUCAGAAGCACUUUCCUUCAACCAAAAGAAAGAGAGAAAAAGGAACUGGCAUUAAAAGAAAACGGAAGCAGAAAGGCCGCUGUGCGAAGGCCCUGAAAGGCAUGUACGACAUGGCGGGCGUGAUCAAGAUCAGCGACGACAGCAGCACUGAUUCGGAGGUGGGGCUGGACAGCGACUUCAAUUCCUCCCCGGAGUCCCUGUUCGACAACGACGACGUCAUCAUUGUCGAACGCACCUACAACGGCUUCGCACCUGAAGACAGAGGCAGUUUGCACUUGCCAGGGUCCCAGAAGGAUGUGUAUGGCCCGGGAGUGCUAGAACACGUGGAGAAAAUGAAACAGGACCUCCUAUCAAAAGUAAAAGCACUGGGCAAAGAGCUACCUCUCAAUACCUUGGAUGAGCUGAUUAAUCACUUUGGGGGCCCGGAGUACGUGGCAGAGAUGACUGGCCGGAAAGGCCGGGUGGUGAGCAGACCUGACGGCUCCAUCAUGUAUGAGUCCCGGGCUGAGCAGGGCCUCUCCAUAGACCACGUCAACCUGAAGGAGAAGGAGCGUUUUAUGAGUGGGGAAAAGCUCGUAGCAAUAAUCUCCGAGGCCUCCAGCUCAGGGAUCUCUCUCCAAGCAGACAGGCGGGUGAGGAACCAGAAGCGCCGGGUCCACAUGACACUGGAACUGCCCUGGAGUGCAGACCGAGCCAUACAGCAGUUUGGUCGAACGCACCGAUCGAACCAGGUCUCUGCUCCGGAGUACGUCUUCCUUAUCUCUGAGCUGGCGGGGGAGAGGAGGUUCGCGUCCAUUGUCGCGAAACGCUUGGAGAGCCUUGGUGCCUUAACUCACGGCGAUAGAAGAGCCACGGAAUCCAGAGACCUCAGCAAGUACAACUUUGAGAAUAAGUACGGGACCAGAGCGCUAGACAGGGUCCUCACUACCAUCCUCAACCAGACUAAGAGCAAAGUGCCUCUGCCCAAGUAUUACCAGGAACGAGAGGAUGAAUUUUUUCAAGAAAUGAAACAAGGUCUCAUCUCGGUCGGGAUCUGCUGCAAGGAGAUGAAAUACGGCUACGUAUCGGUGGAGAAGGACUGCUCCAUAACCAAGUUCCUGAAUCGCAUCCUGGGCCUGGAGGUGCACAAGCAGAACAUGCUCUUCCAGUACUUCACCGACACCUUCGACCACCUGAUUGAGAAGGACAAGAAGGAGGGCAAAUACGACAUGGGCAUCUUAGACUUAGCCCCCGGCGUGGAUGAGAUUUACGAGGAGAGCCAGGAGGUUUUCCUGACCCCAGGGCAUCCCCAGGACGGGCAGGUGGUUUUCUAUGAGAUCAGCGUCGACAGAGGCCUGAAGUGGGAGGAGGCCUACGAGAAAUCGCUCAAACUGACGGGCACCUACGACGGCUUCUACCUCUCCCACAAGACGCGAGGCUGUAAAUACACCUGCCUGCUGGCGGAGCAGGGCCGCGGGAAGAACUUCAUCCUCUACAAGCCCAACAUCGGCAAGCAGAGCCAGCCCGAAAGCCUCGAAAGCCUCUUUAAGAAGUACCGCCAGGUGCGGCCCGAGGAAGCCAAGGAACACUGGGAGAGCAGCUACCUCUUCUCCUUCACAAAGUGUAACCACGCCGUCUGGAACAGAACCUGCAAACUAAUCCAAGAGGGAAAGGAGUGUUUCCAGGGCAUGCGCCUGCGCCGUUACUACAUGCUGUGCGGCGCGCUGCUGCGGGUCUGGAGCAAGAUCGCCAGCAUCAUGUCGGACAUCACCAACACCAGCUACCUGCAGAUCGUCCGCCUCAAGACCAAGGAGAAGAAAAAACAAGUUGGGAUAAAGAUCCCCGAGAGCUGCGUCCAUAGGGUGCGGGAGGAGCUGAAGCAGAUGGACGAGAAUGUAAAGCAGAAGCAUAACCACCAGGCCCUUCUGGCCCAGGACCGGAGCCUGCCGUACUCCAUGCCACAGCAUGUCCUGCAGCAGCCCCAUGACCUCUGCCAGCCUGUGGCCAGGCUCCCCCUGCCCAGACACUCCCUGCACCAGGACGAGAUCCUGGACUUGACCUACAGCCCUCCCAGCGACAGCCUCUCCAACCUGGCCUUGAAGCACGAAUCCCUGGGCGCUUUACACUUCCCACCGGAGCCUGUUCUCCAGCCACACCAGCAGCACAGGAUGCCCUUGCAUUUCAGCCUCCCUCCUGUCUUCGAGAGCCCGGCCCCAGCUCUGGCGGGGAACAUGCCUCUCAACUCGUCCCCGCACGACCACGUGCCUCUCCCCCAUCCCGACCACCUGCAGACACUGCCGCAGCAGCAGCUGCCGCCGGAAGACUUAGCCCAGCAGGAGAACAUCAAUUUCAAGGAGGUGCUGGAAGACAUGCUGAGGACGCUGUACGUGGCCCCUCAGGACAGCGCGCUCUCCCAGGAGCGCCAGAGCGUCAUCCAGUUCACCAGGCCCUUUGAACACUUCUGAGGGGCCAGCUGAGGGCCGGGGUGGGGCUCAGACACAGGCACUGUGCCCCUCCCUAGCCUCUCGCCUGCCUGCCUUUGGCAGGAGCGCUGGCGCGGAGGGAGCCCUGGCUCUUGUAUUGCUUUGCAAUGACCCACGUGUCUCAGUUCGGGGGCAGGGGGAUCGCGUAUUCCUUACAGCAAAGUUUAUUUAUAUAUAAUAUACAGCCACACAUGUAUAGAGUUGUACAUAUCAUGUGUAUAAAGGGGGGUGGGGGUGGCAAAGUGCUUUUAUCACAGAGCUCAGCUGAUCGGGACCCAUGUCCUCUGCAGCGGGAUGGACCUGCUCAAACAACCGCGCCCAGGUAGGACAGAGAGGAGAGCCAUUGACGGCCCCAGCCCCUCCCCACACCCAUCUCCACACCGACUACAGAGUUGAAAGGGGGAUUCACCCCCCUCUCCCCGGGGCGUGUGCAGCAGCUGCUAACUGCAGUGUCGGCAGACGGAAACGUUCUGACCCCCAAAGCGAUCCUGUUACCAGAGUGUCAGUGAUGGCAAAAGCCAUGGUUCCCAGCCGUUGUGGGCAGCUUGGCUGGGUCAGCCGGAGCCAGGCUCACACUUGGGCUCUUCCAUCCCAGCCCUGGAGCUUGGUGCCACUCGAAACACCAGAGUCUUGAGGGAAUGGGGGGCAGGCACUUGGGCCUAAUACAGAGGCGGGGACCGCGGGGGAAGUGACAGAAGUCCCAGUGCAGGCUGGGAACCACUGAGCUAAAGCAUCCAUCUGUGUAGGAUUGGGUGGGGCCAGCUGGAGAGACAUUCAACUGACUACAGGUCAUGUUCUCGCUCUCUGCUCUCCAGUUAGUCCAUGCCACCCCUUUCUCUUGGGAGGGGAAACUGACAUGCUUUGGGCUGCCCUGACUUCCCCAAUGGGAUGGGGAACAACUCUUCUGCACUAAUGUGCCCACUUUAUCAGUAUUCAGCAAUGAACUCCUUAGCCCCUGGCCAGCCUUCCCAUCAUCCUCUUCUGCCUGAUGGCUGCUGGCCAGUCUGCACGCUCAGCCCCGGGGCUCCUUGUGGUGGCGGCAGCUGCAGCGUGGCCGCGCUUUCCAAGUCUUGCUCUCUGUCGCAUUCUCUCCUGGAGCCAACUGGCUAGUACCGUUCCAAUGGGUUCGUUCGCAGCUGGGCAGCGGGGCCAGGCCUGAGUCCGGGAAAGCAGGAGGGGCCCCAUGUCUGGAUCUUAAAGCUCCAACACAGGCCACUGUUGAUUUCAAUGGCUGUUACAGCCGGCUCCACUUUGAAUACCAAAGAGCAAACUCCUGCUUAGCCAACCUGAGCAGCGCACCCCCAUAGUCUCUCCCGGGCACGCCACACCCUGCUCCUCCCACCAGCAGUAGCCCUGAGCAGAAGCACGGGCCUGUUGGACCAGUAGCUUGCUAGGCUUCAUGCUGCAGGGGCUGCUAGCUUUACACAGAAUGGAUGCAAUCCAAACGGAGAGGCGCACAGCACCCCGACAGCGACACUGCUCCUAGGGUCAUGGACCUGCCUCAAGCGAGCUCUGACGUUGCAGCCGCCUCUGACUUGGGCAGCUCUGUAGUAAACCUGCUUUUUUUAUUUACUCAGACAAUGGUUUUUGUUUCCUUGGCAGUGCGUCCCUGUCAGCCCCAGGGCAGGGAGUCUGCGCCCGCCCCUCCCGGCUGGCAGCGUUCGCCUGGCUGUGCUGUAACACUCUUCUCGCUGCCUCAGCCAUUCCCGUGUUCGUCCUUUUUCUGAGUCGAGUCAUCCUGGCAUUUCCGGGAGCAUGCCCGGCGUUCUGGAGGGGAGGAAGUGUGACCCCAAUGUCUGGUCCUGCCUCUUUAGCAUGCAGAGCUCCCAUUGCCCAUCACACACCCUUCCUUGGCUAAUUCUUACCAGACACAGCAAGUCCCUGGGGGGCGUGGAGUGGGGAGAUCUGUGCUGGAGCAGGACCAUCAGUGGGAUCUGCCCAAAGCUGUAAGAGGAGUUAAUGGUGGAGUGGGGUGUUCUUGCCCCCUGCAGAGAGAUCCCCAGCCACAGGUGGAGAUUUCGGUGAUUGUCACCUGAUCUGUCUCACUUAGCAGAGUUUAGCAACCAGCUGCCUUCUCUUUGUGACUCAGUUUCCCCAUCUGUAACACAGGGAUGUGAUAUUCCCCUACCUUUCUAAAGUGCUGUGACCUCUGUAACCCAGUGCAAAGUAUUGGUAGCACGUCCUGCCUGGGGGACAGGGAAGCACCUAGUCUCCCAAGCCAGUGGACCAUGGUCUCCUUCUCUUCCCACUUCACUCCCCCCUCCUCGCCCUGCACACGGUAGGCCCUGCGCUCUAGGCCAGUCCAGGUGUGGUCUCCCGCCUUUCGUUCGAGGGUCCUGUGUCUUUUUACACCCUUUGCCUCUCCCCGGCCAGGAAGGAGGAGGAGGUUUAUUAUUUAGAUUUCAGCAGUGCCCAUCAUGUGCUGGGCAGGCCCUGCCAUUCCCCCACUUCCCAGGAGAUGGAGGGCUUUGCAGGGGCCAGUUCUGAGUAGAAUUCGAGAUAUCCUCUAUGCCCCCUGGCCUCCGACUAAACACCAAAGAUCAGAAAAAAUCCCCCCUGAAACUGGAAGCCCAAACUGUGAAGUCCAGAUGACAUGAUCCAUUGUUUGGCAGGAAUGCGCCUAUCCUUGGUGGUGCAUUUCCAACCCCCAGGAAUCUCUCUAGUUUUCUUCCUAGUUUAUCACUUAAUUGCACUAACCCACCUCUGCGCUGAGCUGCUGGAGAGCCUUGCAUUGCGCUGCGUGUGCACAAAAGUCCUGUCCCGUCUUGUUCCGCUCGUGCAUUCACCUGAAUUGCCAAGGAAGGGGCCUCUUGUAGGCAGACAGCAAAGAUGCCCCUUUCUUGUGAUCAGAGAACAUCCCUUUUCCAGGCCUAGAUAAAGGCAGGCCCCUCCCUGGUUCUGUCGAAUACACUCCCCCACUCUAUUUAUAAUGCUCCCUGGAUUCAUGACACUCAGAGAGAAUCUUUGAAAAUCCUUGGAACCCCUGAGCCCUUAUUUAAUUUCUUUGUCAUUCAUUUGGGCACCUGUCAAACUCUCAGCAAAAGUUAAAAAACACACCAAGAAAACCAAUUUCAAACAGGCGUAAACUCAGGAAUAAUCAUCAGGUGCUCUCUUUCUAUCCGCCCACACCAGUGGGUCCCCCAAAAAAUAUGACCGGGAGUUUUAUGUGGUGGUUUUGUUGCUGUUUUAAUUCUAAGAUAUAUGCAAUUCUUCUCUCCCAAUCUCUGGAAAAGACAGGGCACCUUCAAGAAAAUACUUUCCCCACCCGAUCCUGUGUUUUUGUCAGGGUUAAUAAUAUGUAACAGUCUCUUUUAACUAAAUUAUUAUGCAGUUGUCCUACUGAUUGUAUGUAUUUUUUUAAAUGAAUCCUUUUCCCUUCCUUACACCUUUUUGUUAGCACUUUUUAAUCCGCUUGUUUGUUUGCCUUUGUUUUUCUGUGUGUAUUUAUAAUGAAUUGAGAUGUAUAUAUGUAAAGAGAUUUUUUUUUUUA